GCCGCGGCGGUCGGCGCGCGCGACCCCCGGAGCCAUGGGCAAGUGCAGCGGGCGCUGCACGCUGGUCGCCUUCUGCUGCCUGCAGCUGAUCACUCGUUUGCGUGGGUCUCUGCCUCUGGUCUCCGCCCCACUGAGCGUUUCUCACAAACUCUCUGCUCCUGUGUGUCUCUCUCCGCGUUUCGCCUUGGUGGCUGCGCUGGAGCGGCAGAUCUUUGACUUCCUGGGCUACCAGUGGGCUCCGAUCCUAGCCAACUUCCUGCACAUCAUGGCAGUUAUCCUGGGCAUCUUUGGCACCGUGCAGUACCGCUCCCGGUACCUCAUUCUGUAUGCAGCCUGGCUGGUGCUCUGGGUUGGCUGGAAUGCAUUUAUCAUCUGCUUCUACUUGGAGGUUGGACAGCUGUCCCAGGACCGGGACUUCAUCAUGACAUUCAACACAUCCCUGCAUCGCUCCUGGUGGAUGGAGAACGGGCCAGGCUGCCUCGUGACACCUGUCCUGAACUCCCGCCUGGCCCUGGAGGACCACCAUGUCAUCUCAGUCACCGGCUGCCUCCUGGACUACCCCUACAUUGAAGCACUUAGCAGUGCCCUGCAGAUCUUCUUGGCUCUGUUCGGCUUCGUGUUCGCCUGCUACGUGAGCAAAGUAUUCCUGGAAGAGGAGGACAGCUUCGAUUUCAUCGGCGGUUUUGACUCCUACGGAUACCAGGCGCCCCAGAAGACGGCGCAUUUACAACUGCAGCCUCUGUACACGUGGGUCAUGGCGCAGAGCCGAGUCGGGUAGAGGGACCCCGGCAUUAGUGUCUGGGUAGCGUUUGCCCCACGCCCACCCCGGCGGCUAGACUGAUCGCCGCUGCCGCGAGCUCUGGCCAAAAUGGCAGGCGCGCCCCCUGGCGGCUCCCUGACUGACUGCAGCCUGAGCCGGCUGGUUCUGGGUCUGAAGCCGACUUGGACUUGGUCCUUAGCAGCCUGGACUUGAGGGGUGGGGCGGGGAGACGGGUGGGACGGGGAGAAUCGCGGGGUUUGUAUUUUUUUUUUAAUCUCAGCCUUGACGUGUGCGGGAGACCCCCCCGCCCUUCUCCAGCCUCCCCUUUCUCCCUUCUUCCCCCAGCAUCCUGUCCCCUGUCCAGAGGGAAAGGGCAGGAGAGAGACACACACCCCAUCUCGCCACAUUUAUUCACCAGCCCUGGGGAAAGUUCCCCCGAACAAUGAAGAAGAGGAGUCUUGGGUUCUAAUCUCAGCUCCAUCACUAACUCUGUGUGACAUCUGGCAAAGCCCUUGUCUUCUCUGGGCCUUAGCUUCUCACCUCAAAUAAUUAAAAUAAUCCCUUAGUAAAUGGAGCUCUUUCUAGCCUUUUCAUUUGACUCUCAAUUCUCUGGACUAUACUGGGAUUUUGCUAUAAUCCCCAUUUUGCAGAUAUGGAAACUGAGUCCCAGAGAUGUAAAGCAAUUUGCUUGAGGUCACACAGCUGGGCUUUUGGUGGAGGCAGGUUUGAACACAGUAUAUCAUCUAUAGUUUCGGACUCCAAAACCCAGUGUCCGGUUUCUGAAUUCCAUUUCCAAGCGCCCUUCCAACUUGGACACUCUAGAACCCGUAUGACAUACACCACUCUCUCAUACCACCGCCACCACUCGCCAAUGCCUCUCUUAAAGCAAUAGACCCGUUCUCUUGUUGGAAAUGGGAUGGACAGAUCCCAGAGCCCUGCAUUCAGCCUGACCUACACGGAAGCCUUCCUAGACUUGGCCUCUGCCCACCCUUGGCAAAGCUUUCGAGCGUUCUCUAGCAAAGGGGGGACACAACCCCAUUCCCCCACUCCCUCCCAGGUCCCUGAGGCUGCUGCACCCAUGACCCCUCACCCCCUCAGCAACUUUGCCAACCUCUAAGGACACCAUCCACUUCAUCUGAUGAAAGACCAGUGGCUCCAGCGUGGAAAAGGGCUCACCCGUGCUGCCCCGUCACCGGUGCCGCAAGAUCACCAGCGUUCACGAUCGCGUCGGUGUCCAGAAGCAACUCCUAACAACCCCAGAAGUUGUUCCAGAGGGGCAGAAUGGGGGCGGGGUGCCCCUGGGGAGAGGGGUCUGGAGGCCAGCACUCUUCCUUAAGAGCAAGUCGACGUAAGGGCUCAGGCUCCUCACCUCCCUCCUCAGACACCUCUGACGACCCUGCAUCCCUGGCUGGUGAAUCCGAGGGCAGGAGGAUCGGGCCUCAGCUUCCAGUUUGUGAAACAGGAGUGGCCCUGGCUUAGGAAGGAGGGUGGGAGGCCCGGGGGAGCCAGGUGGAAGUACAGACGGUGGUACACCUGAGCCCCUCCAUGGUGACCGUUCCUUACUCUCCAUGCUAUGAUCUGCCAUCCCCUUCUGUCUAAGGCCAAAAUGUCCUGAACUCGGACCCCACCCCAAUAUCUCAUGUGCAGGUCUGUGCUGAAGAGCCUACCCUGGGCAUUUCUCUGGUCACUACAGGACCUGAGAUCAGCCCUGGUCAGCUACAGGUGCAGCUCCAGAGGGUGAUGGUUCCCUCCGGCCUGGCUGCUGCUCUGCCCCUGGGCCAGCUCCUGCCUCCAGCCCUCUCUUCUCCCACCCCCAGCUGUCAUCUCACCCUGAACCCCUUUUCUACUCAGCAGGUUUAGCCACUGGUGCUUUGAAGCCUUUUGUUUUUAUAAGAUGGUUUCUUUUUUUCAAGGAGACCAGGUUUUCGUCUCACUGGGACCUUGCAAGGCAGGGAGUGUUGCCCUGGUUUCUGUGCAGGUGGGUUGAUUAAAGACGGUGUUUUCUUCUCUCUUCCUGUUCUCCUGCCCAUGAGUUAGCAGGGUCUUCUAAGGGAAAAGUCUUUGUAUGAAGGGUGGGCAGAGGUUGGGAACCCACGUCAUUGUCAUGAUCAAACAUUCCUGGGACACUGGCCUGUGCCUUUGGCUGGUUGUGUGGCUUUGGACAAAUGAUCCUCCCUGUCUUUCCUGAUUCAUAAAAUGCACAGAGGGGAUUAGAUCAGUGGUUCCCAAACCUGGCUUCACAAUCCCUUGAAGAGCUUUCUAUUUUUCUGAUUAAGUGCAUUUUAAGAUUAUGCUUUCAAAUAUCUUUGGCAUCUUGGCUCUGCCCUCUUCUGAUGAUUCAGUUCCUGACUUGGAAUAAACUGGCAGACAGUGCUUUAGACACAGAUUCUU